AUGACAACUAGCUCUGUGCCACGAUCAGAAGAUUUUGGGUCUCGUGUCCCUCGUCCUCGUCCUCUCCGCACGGACAAAACACUACCAAAGCUGGCCAGCGAAGACCCGGGAGCAUAUGCACUCAUCCUCGAGGGAGCGACAUUACUGGCUUGGAAUGUAUCGUGGCUAUGCCGAACACAGGGGCUUAAUAUAGCAUCGGACUCUUGGGAGGAAAUAUGUGAUUUGGGAAGGAACAUGUGGCAGCUACUUUUCGCCUCGCCUGCACAACCCUUGACUUUGGUGACGGCAGUCCCUGGUCGCGAAAUGCAACCCAAAACGAAAUUUUCCAAAGACACACCGAAAACAACAAUUCAGAGAACUAAGUCGUUCCCUAUGCUUGGACAUUAUUCACACGGUACUGUGCACUCCUUUUUAUGUGCCUCAGAUGGCGCCGAAUUUAUGCGAACUUGGAGAUUGCCAUCUCCAACUAAAAUCGCCGACAAGCUGAAGUCGGUGCUCUUGGGAGAAAUGGCAAGCGCAGAAUGGGAACUACUGGAAAGGAGAGAAUGGGAUGAUGCGUCCCAGGAAAUCAUGUAUCCACCCUCGAUCAAUGAAGGCGAUCCGCCCCAUGACCAGGACGGCUAUUCAAACACCGCGCAUCCCGAAAGCAGCGCUGUUAAUGCGGUUACCUCUGGCGAACCCCACAAAUCUAACGGGUUGAGGGGGACAAGCGGUUGGACCAAAUUAAGAAAUAGACCAUGA